CUCAACAUCAACACCAACGUUACGACUUGAUCCUCGCACAAGAGUUUGAGGCUUGAGAAGUGCAGGGGAUUCGAAAGACAUUAUCAGAUCUUUGAAAUCAUGUUCAACGCGCUCAAUCGCUUCAUAUCUCGUCUGGACUCGGAGUCUCCAGCGCAGCCUUCGAACCAUGGCGCAUUUGGUUUCCAGGUCUUGAGAAACAAGAAUCUGGAGCUUGGCAUUGAGCCAUGGUUUGAUUUUAUAGUUGGAAUUAAUGGGCGCAUGAUUGACGAUUCCGACCCUACUCUCUUUGCCCAAGAAGUACGCAACUGCGCUGGUAGCACCGUGACACUGGGUCUAUGGAGUGCGAAGGGGCAACGGACAAGGACAAUGCACAUUCCCGUACCGGCAAGCAACCCAACAUUGGGCCUCACUCUGCAAUGGACAUCCCUUUCAACUGUGUCCAAUAUCUGGCAUAUUCUCGACGUCCCGGCCUCGUCACCCGCCGAUCUUGCAGGCCUUCUGCCAUACAGCGACUACAUUCUUGGGACUCCCGAAGGCGUAUUGCAUGGCGAAGCUGGCCUCGGGGAACUAGUUGAGGAUCAUAUUGGGCGGCCACUGCGCCUAUACGUUUACAACAACGAGUACGAUGUCACAAGAGAAGUCACCAUUCAUCCAAGUAGGGACUGGGGCGGAGAGGGCGCAUUGGGUUGUGUGCUAGGGUACGGAGCAUUGCAUAGACUGCCAGCACCUUUGAGUGAGCCUCUUGCUGAACCAGGAGAAACGUUGUUCGAGACAGAGAAUGCUCGAUUCUCGAACGAAGAGGUCCGGCCCCUUUCUGGUAGGGAAGAUACACCACAAUUCUUUGUCCCUGCAGCAGCAUCGGAGUCGGCAGAUCUCCUAGUUCCAGCUCAGCUUGCAGCCCCACCGACCACAUCAAUAUCGCACAAGAAGGACAGGAAACAUCAUGGCCAUAGUCCGAAUAAGUCUUUUAUGGAUGAUUAUUUCAUGGAGGGAGAGAAGAAAAGCCGAGAGCUAGAUCACGCGCCCAGUGCAAGAAGCACCCCUCCACCACCGCCGAAAUCUGGUCCACCAAAAGCAAGCCCGGUGGGAGAGGCACAUACCGAUGAUAAAGGUGUAGAAUAGAAUUCAUGAUAUUUUGGUUCCAUUUGCUCAGUACACCCGACUAUUAUACAGUUGCGCAAGUUCCUCUCGAGCUGCAU